UAAAUAUAAAGAGCACAAGGCUAGCUCUUUGAGAACGAAGCAAACGAUCGAAUAGGCGGCAGAGAUCGACCAGCAUCCAGCAAUAGCCCACUACUGCAUUCGAUCGGCCAAUCUUUUUCCGCGUGCCUUCGAUUCCCCAGCUAGCUAGCUAGCUAGUAGGCUGCAGCAUUCAGCCAUGGAUUCAGGCGAGGAAUUCUCCAUCAUCGGCCCGAGGCAUUUGAUGGCAGUAACUUCUCCGACAAAGACAAUUGAGAUAGACUGGGACAACGAGGAGCAUCGCCGCUGCAUCACCGCCUCUCUUGUUAAAGGCACUUACGUUCUGGAGAGCGAGCGAACCAAGUUGCGCGAGGCCGCCGACGACGACGACACAUGCGUGCCGCUCGCGCCGGCGUGGUGGGAGAGCUUCCACUUCCGCCAGCUUCGCGUGCUUAAGUGUGAGUGCGAAUGCGUCUUUUGCAUGAUCGGCCGGCGCAUCGAGAUCGAAUUAGGAAGGCAGCGCUUCAUCUACGGCGCCAUCUUCGAGUACGCGCCACCGGGCGGCUCGCCCCGCCACCCGUCGGCCCCGAGCUACGUCGUCGCCUUCCGGGGCACCAUGCGACGGGAUGCCACAACUUUGUGCGACAUGCGCCUCGACCUCAGAAUCCUGCUCAACGCGCACCGCGGCUGCGGCCGCUUCAGCCAUGCGCGCGAGGAGGUCGGGAAAUUAUUCCCCGACUCCAUGACCAGCGGCGGCGGCGCCACCGUCGUCGUCAAUGGCGCCGGCGGCAGCUGCUCGGUGUGGCUGGCGGGGCACUCGCUUGGCGCGUCCAUAGCGCUGGACGUGGGGCGCGAUAUGAUGGCCAAAAGGGAGCUGAACAUCCCGACCUUCCUAUUCAACCCACCACAGGUAUCGCUGCCUGCGGCGAUGAACGACAACCUGCCCAUGGCGAAGGUGGCGAAGAGCGUUGUGAUCUCCUCGAGCUACAUCCUCAAGCACGGACUGGGGAUAAUCCUCGAGCCCCACAAGAGGAACAUGGAGGAACAGUUCGAGCAGCUGUCGCCGUGGGUGCCCAACUUGUACGUGCACCAGCGGGACAUCAUCUGCAAGGGCUUCAUCGACUACUUCGAGCAGCGGGAGCGGAUGCAGAAGCUGUUGCCCUGCGUGGCCGUGUCGGGCUCCACGCUGUCCUACCGGGACAUGUGCCGCGCUGUGCUCGGCAUGCAGAACGAACGGCCGCACCUCCUGCCAUCCGCGAUGCUGUGCAAGAACCAGAGCUCAGUGGGUGACCCGCACGAGCUCCGGCAGUGGUGGCAGCCACAAGGCCCGGAACUAGUGUUGACCCACAAGGCAUACAAAUGGCCUGCUUAAUUAGCUUCAAUGCACAUGGCCCGGCCCCCGGAUUCAGUGGAUGCUUAUAAUUUUAAUUUUAUGUUUUACCAAUUUGCGUGUGUGGUAUUCAAGGAUGGUGUUAAGAGCUUUUAUUAGCCGUUCAUCUAAGAAAGUCAUCUUCGUUCUGCUGGUUGGCAAAGUUGGCUCACCGUCAGGGGCGGAGCCAUGGCUGUUUGUGGAUGUAAGCUGACAGCGAU